GGAAGUAAAGGCACUUCCUUCUUCCUAGCACAGCUGCUGCGCUGAGCCCAGUCAGUCAAAGCAGGAUCACCGAUAGUCGUGGCGAUGGGGGAGACUGCAGCUUGUCAGUGGCUGUCUUAACUGAAUUCUUUACUUUUUGGGGGGUUUAACAGCGACGGCCAAUGUCACCGGGUUCACUCAGGAGAACCAUCCAGCUGUAGUGUAUAAAGAGAAGCGGUCGGAGCGCAGCCUUUUCUGCCACAAUGGCAGCGACGUAGCGCAACUUUUGGAUCAGCGGUGGAUGAACGACAGCGCUCACUUUCACAUACUUGUAGGAAACACAGGAAACUUGAAACAUGAAGAAACAGUUCAAUCGCAUGAGGCAACUCGCCAACCAGACUGUUGGAAGGGCUGAGAAAACCGAGGUGCUGAGUGAUGACCUCCUGCAGAUCGAGAGGCGGAUGGAGUUGGUGCGUCUGGUGUCGCACAACACGCACAAGAGGCUGGUGUCCUGUCUGCAGAGUCAACUCGGCACAGACACUGAAAAGAGACACAAAAAGCUGCCGCUGACGACGCUGUCCCAGGCCAUGCAGGAGGGAGGGGGUCAGCUAGGAGACGAGAGUCUGAUUGGCAAGAUGAUGGACGUGUGUGGGGAGGCAGAGAGCAGAUUAGCCACUGAACUGAUGCAGCAUGAAGUGAUGAUCGAGAGAGACAUCCUGGAUCCUCUUAACCAGCUGGCUGAGGUGGAGAUUCCCAAUAUAUUGAAACAGAGGAAGCAACUCGCCAAACUGGUUCUAGACUAUGACUCUGCCAAGACAAGGUAUUACCAGGCAGCAAAGUCCAACAACCAGGCCAUGGCAGCCAAGGCCGAUUCUCUCAAAGACGAGAUGGAGGAAGCUCUGAAUAAAGUAGAAAUUUGCAAGGACCAGCUCUCUGCAGACAUGUACAACUUUGCCUCCAAAGAGGGAGAGUAUGCACGCUAUUAUGUCAUGUUAUUAGAGGCCCAGGCAGACUACCACAGGAGGUCUCUGGCAGCUCUGGAGGCAGCUAUACCAACAAUCCAAAUGCAGCAAGACUCCUGGAUGGAGAAGCCGGCGUUUGGUACGGCCCUGGAGGAGCACCUGAAGAGGAGUAACCGUGAGAUCGCUCUGCCUAUUGAGGCCUGUGUCAUGAUGCUGCUGGAAACUGGCAUGAAGGAGGAGGGACUCUUCAGAAUAGCUGCUGGAGCUUCAAAGCUCAAGAAGCUCAAAGCAGCACUGGACUGUUCAACCUCGCAGCUCGAAGAAUUUUACUCUGAUCCCCACGCCGUCGCUGGAGCUCUAAAGUCCUACCUCAGGGAACUUCCUGAACCUCUAAUGACUUUUGGCAUGUACGACGAGUGGCUACAGGCCUCCAAUGUGUCGGACCCUGAUAAGAGGCUUCAGGCCCUGUGGGUGACAUGUGACUGCUUGCCAAAGACUCACAAAGCCAACCUCAGGUACCUGGUGAAGUUUCUUGCUAAACUGGCUCAGGACAGCGAGGUUAAUAAAAUGACUCCCAGCAACAUCGCCAUAGUCCUGGGACCCAACCUGCUCUGGGCAAAGACAGAGGGGACGCUGGCCGAGAUGGCAGCAGCUACAUCUGUCCAUGUGGUCGCCAUCAUUGAGCCCAUUAUUCAGCAUGCUGAUUGGUUCUUCCCUGAAGAUGUGGACUUCAAUGUGUCGGGCAUGUUCGCCAUGCCCAGCCAUCCGGCCACCCCAGACCCUGAACCCGGCCUGGAUAGGAAACGCCCUGGCAGCCUAGUGGGGCAGGAUGGGGACAGUCACACUCCCCGUAAAGACAGCACUGUUAACAAACAGCCGGAGCCCACUCCACGUAGAGCCAGCACUGUAAAUAGAAAGCAGCCACAGCUAACCUCACCCACCUUCCAACCCCCACUGCCCCCUCUGGAAGCCUGGGUUCCUACCCAGCCCGAGCCCCAGCCCCAGGCUCCAUCCCCAGCUGCAGAGGCUGAGCAUCCUGGCCUGAGUGCAGUUGGUGCUGGUGUUGGUGGUGGUGGUCUGGGUGGUGGGGUCCAGGUAGCCACAAUGCACCCUAAGGUUGUAACCCAGCUCAGCGCAGAGGAGAGCAGCCCAGCCCGUGAACUCAUGUCCACCCCACCUCCCCAGAGGAAUGGUUCGGUCCAUCUUGCAGUAGGAACCCCCCACUCUCAGGGCGGGUCCAGGGGGCCUAGUCCACACAUGGUCCGCAGAGGCACCAAGAAGCAGGCCCCAGCCCCGCCGAAACAGGCCAGCCCCUUCGCCUUGCAGCCCAGUAACACCCAGACACCCGGCUCCCCUCAUCACCCACCCAUCACGCCCCGACGCCACCCGAGCAAAGACAGCCUAAUCCACGCCCCGAGCCACCCACCCCCGCAGCCUCCGCAACCCCACCAGGCCCAGGGGGAGCCAGAGCCCUCCCCCCCGAGCACUCCCACCCCUCCUGACACUCCACCCCACGAUGGACUCCACUCCAACCCGCUGUCUUCCUACCACUCUGGAUCUCUCCCUCGCCCCUCUAGGCCGGCUCCAAGGCCACGACCCCGACCCAGCAUGCCACCACCCCCACAACCUGCUGCGAAUGACAAUGGAAACGGCCUCUGCAGCACCGCCUCUAAGAUCAUAACAGACGGAGGCCCAGUCCUAAAGGGGAUUGGACGAGCCCUCAUCCCUGAGGUGAUUGUGGACCAACAAGGGGAGAGCUCUGCUGGUCAAGAGCCUGCCUCCACCCCAGACCCACCCCCAGACCCUCACAUCCAGUCAGAGAGCACCGCUCUGUGAAGAAAAAAAAAAAACAAAAGAAAAAAACGAGGGAUCGUUGUCAUCGGAAUCCUCCUUCACUCAGCUGGUCCAUAUUUGAAUGUUUAGAAUCAGACAGGUAACCCAAAAUGCACCAGUUCACUCCAGCUAUUCACGCUCCACUUACAUGAUCCCAGAUUUUUUUUCUGGGGGAAAAAAAUGGCUGCCUUUUCUUCUGUUAUACUGACUCAAAACAGAAACCUCGUCUUAUUACAGUGUUGGUUUGAACCACAAAACACCAGCCUGUCACUUUUCAUAUUAGACUUCAUCUUGAACUCUUUUUGCUCUAUAUACUGCUGGGUAUUUUGAGAUUGGACUGCAGAGUCUUGCUAGAUACAAGGCUAAUGGGACUUAAACAUAUAACCUCAACAAUAUAGCAGCUGAACUCAGAGUGUGCAGGUGAAGCAUUCAGAGCUUUCACUUGCCUCCUGCUUCUUUUUAAAAUCUUGCUAUCGAUACUGAAGAUUCAGAGCUGACAGAUCUGUGAAUCUGGUUUUAGCACCAGGUCCGACCACAUAGACCCGAUGAAUAGCACGUUUUUUAUUCCGCAGCAAAGUUGUGUGAGUGUUAGCCAGCCACUGAUGAUCUAUUUAUCAUGACACAGAAUCGCAUUCAGACAUUUUUCUUAAUCACUUUCCAAUGUGUCACUUCAACUGGUUAAAUGUGAUGAUCAGCUGAGAAGGGCUUUUGAAUAAUUGUCACACACUUCUGCACCAUAUUACAAAGGACCAAAGACAUGGCUAUGGGCCAAAGGAAAUUCAUUUCAAAUUCAGAGCUGCUCAGUUUGUAUUAAGGUUGUUGAUGACCAAAUAUUUUGGCUAGAGUGCAAUAUAAAAUGCAGUCGUCUUUUAGAAUCUUUUUGGAAUUUCAGCAGUUUCAAUAUAUCCAGUGGGGUAAAAUAUAAUUUUGUUCCCAAUUAGAUUUUUUUUUUUUAAUUUCAGCUGACUUGAUUUACCAAGUUAAAAAUAUCCCAAAGAUUAGAAUUUAUUGUGAAAAGGGAUUUUUUUCUGUCACAUUUAUUGUGAUGAAUAGAAACUGAUUUUCAUUACAUAGUCUUUAAGUGAUCAUUCCCACUCAAGCUCACUGCUAUGACCAAAUGCAACCAAAUAAUUAAAAUCUUCUUUGUGUAAAAUUUUUUACUGCAGCUGACGAUCUUUACCUUGUUUGGGUAUUUUUCAGCUCUUUGAUUAUGUUUUUUUUUUUCUCAGCAUUUUUAUGGUGUUUUUAUUCUGCACAUAUUGCAUCAUAUAGUGCAUCAUUACUCUUAAUAAAAGACUGUUCAACAUUUUA